CACACACGCAGUAUUGUAAGCAGCUUCGACAGAUCACCGUUCUUCUUGUCAUUACUGUACAGUUUUCAGUCCUAUAAAGCUCUUGUCCCCGCAAUGAACUCCUCCUACGCGCCGUCAUGGCGAGCUUCCUCGUCGCUGUGCUCCUGUCGCCCGAGACAGAGCGGUCUCCCGGGAAUGCCUUGAUCCCCCCGUUUCUCACAUAUCGAGACCCUAAGUUGACUCUGAACGUCCCAGCAUACACAUCUACUACAAGGACCAGAAAGAAGGAAAGGAACACCACUAACAAAAAGCCUGCCUCGAGGCUGGCUUUGGAAGAACAAAGAGGCAGAUACCUCAUCCAGUGGUGUCCGCACAGAUCACACAAUUUACGGUGAAUUUAGCCGAUGAGAUCUUUACACACCUCCCCUGAUUCAUUAUCUCGAGAAUGGUAGCAAGCCAACCACGUUGCCACUCGGAUCGAUGGUAAGGCUGGACCUCCAAAUUUGAAGAGCGAGCGUCGUGCAUGGGCCCGGGGCCUGGGACUCUGUAAGCGAUCGAAUAGCCAGACCGGUGAAAGCCCGAAAACCAAUCAGCAGCCAAGCGAUCGCGAAGAUGGGAACAAGUUUCUUUAUCUGCAUAUACUCGUCCGAGUACUUGCACACGAGAGCAGACGCUGCGGCUUUCGGCACGCUUCGCCAAACUCUGCGCUCAAAAUGAAGAUAGAUGGUCUGGGCACUCAGCCUCCACAAAGAAUUUGGUAUUGAGUUUGCAUCGUCUGAUGUUCAAGUCCCCAAAACGGGACUUAGCUUCCUACAAGUGCCAAUUAGCAGCUGGUCUAGAACAGGACACCGGGACGGCUCCAGCACAAGCAUCAAUCCAAAAAUCAGAGGCCAAUAACGACCGAUGUCUAUACAUCUGGCAAGACUUUACCUUCUGCCCAAGUGAACAAAUACGGGUGUACUAGGGGCCAAAAAAUGCAUCAACAUCAUGUGGCGCAAGCCUCACCCAAUACGCGGUCGCCGUGUCUUUGCGACGGUUGCCAUGUUGGUGUAGGCGAACAGCACCUCAUUACCUCUCAGCCGCAGAAGCCGAGUGCAGGCGACUGGAAAUAAAGCUUCGCGGCCUUCCAGUACGAGGUCGUUCGGCUGUCAGUUUGCUUUCCUUCAGGAAAUCCCCUCUCACCAAGCGCUCCACGUUGACCCAAUACACGAUGUUCUGGAUAACGCUCACGGCUUUGCUAGCCGUCUCCAGCGUCCAAGGCGGGCUGUUGCGACCCACCAUCUCUCAAUGGUUCUGGCAAUCUUGUACCUGCAGUCUCCCCGCAUUUGGUUGAUCUAUUACUGAUUUCUCAGCUGUUGUCGUUGGCGACUGGCUCUAUAUAUCGGAUGGAGAGGCAUGGGAAUGGACUAACGGGACAUUGAGAUCCUUCUAUCGUUGCGUUUACACUCUCCCGGUCAAUUCAAGGCCUGACGAGGCUGAUUGUCGCAGUCUGGCCCACCAUCUCGGUCGACCUUACUCAGUCGUGGACCAACGUCUCCGUCUAUAUUGCCAAUAACUCCGACCCUGCCCCGAACAUGCCGCAUCGCAGAGCGCCUGCAACCUGGUACGAUGAGAGCACAGGCAGAGUGUACAGAUAUGGCGGUUGGGCAUACAAUAGCACGGACUGGACAGCCGACCUUUGGUCCUAUCAACCCGGCGGACUCACCAUCUAUUGGUCUGAAGAAGUCACGCCUGCAACAGAUGGGUUGUCAUACGGAUCGAACGCGCCGUGGGCAUCAGCCUGGGCUGUGGGCAACUCGACGUUGUACAGCUUGGGAGGCUCCAUCUCUAAUGGCGAAUCAGUCUACCCGAAUACCAUUGUCUCAGGCUUGGUGGAGCAUUACCCAUCGAGUGAGACUUGGAGCAACUCUACAACCGACAUUCCAAAUAGCUCACCGUACUUUAACCAGGCCAAGGCUGAGUUCGCCUCGAAUUUCGGUCAAGAAGGUUUUGUGGUCGUUGUCGGAGGUACUAAUCCAAGCGAACAAGCGUUCACAUUUGAGCAAGACACAUCAUUGCGCGAUAUGGCAGAUAUUGUCUUGUAUGACGUAUCCACGAAGAAAUGGUAUGUUCAGCGAGCGACUGGCGACAUCCCUCCACCAAGAACAGAGUUCUGUACGGUGGGGAAGGCCUCAUCCGACGGGAAGACAUACGAACUAUUUGUAUACGGCGGUAUGACCAAUACAACAUAUGACCUCAACUACCCUAAUGAGCCUGGGUACUUAAAUGUCUAUGUCCUCUCUCUCCCUGCAUUCAGAUGGUUUCAGACCCCCGCGACAACGAGCACCCGCCGGUGCAGCCAUACUUGCUCCGUCAUCGGCAACAGACAAAUGGUCUCUAUUGGCGGCCGCCCGCCUAGCACGUUCAAUCAGUUCGGCGCCGACUUCGAUGAGUGGGCUAGCGGUAUAGGGGUCAUGGACAUGACUGAAUUGCAGUGGAAGGAUCACUAUGACGCCGCAGCUGCACCGUACGAGCGAGCGCAGCUAAUCCAGAAAUACUAUGACCAAAACUACGUCAAGCCCGCGUGGAGUGAUCCCGCACUGGCAACAGAAUUUGCUUUCGCCGCCCCGACUCAUCCCACCACUACCCCAACACCUACCCCGACGGCCCCGGUGCAGCCUCCCGCGAAAUCAACAUCUCCUCCUCCUCCUCAUAAGUCUCAUACCGGCGCUAUCGCCGGCGGCGUCGUUGGAGGCGUUGUAGGGUUAGCCUUAAUUGCUGGCCUCGCAUACUUCCUUGGGACCCGUCGCAACCGCAAGACCACCGCCCCGGCGGAUUCCGUGCCCCCACCAACGGAGCCGAAGUCUUCACAAAUACCCAACAGUCCGUCAUCGGUGCAGAAACCAUCACCAGAGCUGGCCGAAGCACAGGUCUUCGAACGAAGUGAGCUAGAGGGCGAAACCACCCGACAGGUCGCCGAACUGCCAGGCUAUUAUGGGAGUUUUGUGCCGGGACAAAGAUAAAAUAUAAACGGGGAACGAGGGGGUUUGGAGAAGUAUGUAUGUAAUCUCCUAUUCCAGGCUGGCUAGUAGUCCCGGCCUCGAGCUGGUAUAUUUCUGUAAAUGAGGUGGUUGUAGUAUGGUUUGUGAAUAAACUUGAUAUUUCCAC